AUGUACACCAGGACUACCAAACUGGUUGCCGUCCUCGCAGGCUACCUAGCCUCUCUCGUACACGCAUCUCCAACAGCUGUCGGAGAUAACGUGGCCCAUACGCAGUCCUUACGAGCCGAGACAUUCUCCAACCCCGUGCUCUGGGAAGACUACCCUGACCUGGACGUGUUUCGCGUCGGCGAUGUGUUUUACUACUCAUCCUCGACCUUCGCCUACUCCCCGGGAGCGCCGGUGCUGAAGUCGUACGACCUCGUCAACUGGGAGCCCGUCUCGCACAGCGUGCCCGAGCUCAACUUUGGCGCCAAGUACAACCUCAACGGCAGCGGGCAGGCGUACGUCAAGGGCAUCUGGGCGAGCACUCUGCGGUACCGCGCCUCCAACGACCUGUUCUACUGGAUCGGCUGCGUCGAGGGCAAGACGUACAUCUGGACGGCGCCGGGCCACGGCGCGGCCAGCAACGGCGGCGAGGUGUCGGAGUGGCAGUGGACCAGCCACCCGCCGCUCAACACGUGCUACUACGACUGCGGGCUCUUCAUCGACGACGACGACACCAUGUACGUCGCGUACGGCAACACCAACAUCCAGCUCGCGCAGCUGUCGAGGGACGGCCUGAGCCAGGUGAGGACGCAGCAGGUGUACUCGUCGGGCGACUACAUCGAGGGCUCGCGCAUGUACAAGAUCAAGGGCAGCUACUACAUCUUCGUCACCCGCCCGGCCGACACGGAGCUGGUGCUCAAGUCGAGCAGCCCCUUCGGCCCGUACCAGAUCCGGACGCUGGUGUCGCGCAUCAACGGGCCCCUGGCCAACGCCGGGUUCGCGCACCAGGGCGGCGUCGUCAACACCCAGGACGACAAGUGGUACUACGUCGCCUUCAUGGACUCGUACCCCGGCGGGCGCAUCCCCGUGGCCGCCCCGCUGACGUGGACGUCUGACGGGUGGCCGCAGGUCGUGACCGACGGCGGCAGCUGGGGCAAGACGUACCCCAUGCCGGUGCAGACCAACAAGAAGGUCGCGUCCCCGGUCGGGACGGACGAGUUCAAGGGCGCCAGCCUCAGCCAAGAGUGGGAGUGGAACCACAACCCGGACAACACCAAGUGGUGGCUCGCGGGCGGCGGAGAGGGCGGCCUGAUCCUGCAGACGGCCGACGUCACGACGGACCUGUUCGCGGCGCGCAACACGCUCACGCACCGCAUCAUCGGACCCAAAUCUACCGGCACCUUCCGGCUGGACGUCAGCAAGAUGAAGGACGGCGACCGUGCGGGCGCCGCGCUCUUCCGGGACCGUGCGGCCUACAUUGCGGUAUGGAAGGACGGCAACGCGGCCAAGAUCGUCAUGGUGAACAACUUGAACAUCGCGGAGGGCACCUGGGAGACUACUUCCAAGGGGACUGUGGCUGCUACGGGGCCGACGAUCAAUGCGGCAGGAGAUAUCUGGUUGCGCGUGCAGGCCGACAUCACGCCGGCCUUCGGCUCGAGCCAGGAGAGGACCACGCGGUUCUCCUACAGCACGGAUGGCACCACGUUUACGAACCUGGGGCCGGCGUUCGCUAUGAGCAACUCGUGGAAGUACUUCACUGGAUACAGGUAUGGCGUCUUCAACCAUGCCACCAAGUCACUGGGUGGCGAAGUCAAGUAUGCUCCCAGCACCUCACCACACAACAGCCAUCAACCCAGCCGCAGCACACCAGUCAAGGACAGUAAAGACAGCGUCCAGCACGGUGAUCCUGUCCAGCCCCUUACCCAUGAUCCACCGCUGCGUGCGCAUCCCGAGCGCAAAGUUCAUGACCGCCUGCGAGCAGUUGGCCAGACCCAGCACGAGCAGCGCCGUCACGUCGAGCGGGAUGUCUCCCCUCCUCGAGCCCGUCGACAGCAGCCUGGACGACGGCGACCUCCAGACGGUGGCGUAGAGGCGCAGCAGGGCCAGCAGGGCCAUGGACGUGUUGAUGGAGCCGAGGUAGGCCAUGAUGUCGUGGUGCCAGGCGUCUCCCUGGGGCAGCCGCGCGACGCUCUGGUUGGUCUCGGAGCUGCGCUUGGACAGCUUGCGCAUCAUGAACGGCUGCCGGAAGCAGAAGUGCAGAAAGGCACUUAG